UUACCACACUCGCAUCCCUCUCUCUGCAUUUCUGUUACCUCUCUCUCUCCAAACUGUCUAAGUGUCUCUCUGCCUUCAGCACUCCAUAAAGACUCCAGGGGCUCAUCUCAAACUUUACCAAAGACAGAGAAGUUUGACUUUUACCUUCCUUUUCCUGACUUUCUCUCUGAGAGCCUCAGUCAUCACUCUGCUCCCUCAUUCAUUCUCUCUCUCUUUCGUCCUGACAACUUUCCUCCUCACUCUGACUUGACGAGUGCGAAGAAGAAACCGGAGCACGUGACAAUUUCCGGAGUUCAAUUUAUUUAUUAAUUUUUUCUAUUUAUUUAUUUAUCUGCGUUUGUUUGCUGGUUUACCUAUCUCUUGGAUCCGAAUCAAUAUGAAAUUGCUGCUCGACUCCUCCUCAUCGCUCCUCUUCUCGCUGCUAUUGGCCCAGCUGCCUGUGUUCACGUCUGCCUCUCCAGUGCCACAGCGGCGGCCCAAUGACAUGGAUAAACUGUCCAAUCAGACCAAAAAUCUAAUGAAGCUCACCCAAGAACUGCUGAAGGAGCAUGCAUUUGAUUCAGAUGUGGAGCCCCACAGGUUCAGGUCUCUGCCAGAAAUGAGCAACAGAUCGGCCAAUGAUCUCAACAAUCUUGAGCUGAAGCCCACACUCUCUCAGCUGCAUGCUGACCUGAAGCUGUACGAGCACCACUUCGAGUGGCUGAACAAGGUUUCAAAGAAGCACCACCACCCUGCAUUGCCCAAGCUGGUGGAGAUGAUCAGAGAAAUGAAAUCUCUCAUCAACCUGCUGCACCGUCAGAUGCUGAGAGUUGAAGCACCAAGGCUGACUCCGGCGACCCCCUCCCUCCCCCCUCACCUCCCAUAUCAGUUUGAUGUCCUGCAGUCUAGUCAUGAGCUUCUUCAACACUUCAAGCUCUUCUGUGAUUGGGCGUACAGAGCAUUCAUUAGCCUCAAGCCCAAAGUCUCUGCAGUACAAUGAUAAUCCAAGCACAUUCACUCUUUUCCUUUCAACUGCUUGGCUGCAGAGCCAGUGAGGACAGUCCCGCCUCAGCCAAAGGGGAAUAAUGACCAUAUCAGUGUGCACCGCAGUCAGUAGCAUCCCUUAAGAGGCCCAAACAUCAACCAAUGACAUGUGUGUUGAAGAAUGUGUCUUUCCAUCAGAGCCAAUAAGGAUGCACUAUACUGCAGCCAGUUACAACCAUAAAGAUUCCCGUUAAAGCAAACUGGCAGUUUAACUACAAUGAUCACGUCAUGAUUCCCCAAACUCUCUCCUAAAGGCCUUGUUCAUGACCAUGUUAUUUAUGUAUUUAUUUAUUUAUUGACUGUUAGUAAUUUAUUUAAUUUUAUUUAUUUGAAGUUGUAAUGUGUCACUCUCAUCUUUAUUUCUGUAUUAACGUGAAUUUACUUGCCCACAUCUCUGUAAUCUUUCUUUUUGUCUUGUGUCUCUCUGAUCCUCAAGAGAAACACAGUAGCACUUCCUGAACCUAUAGCUCUGAUAAUGAUUUUUGUUCAAACUAACUUAAUCCACUUUGCAUUUGUGUAUUUCUUCAGCGAAUAAUUCUUCCAGUAGAUGUAGCAGACAUAUGGGACAGCCAAGGCUUUCACUAUCUCUCACUUACAGUGCCCUUAGAGUAAACAUUUUAGAAGAUGUUAAUGUUAUCUUCUAACCAUGUUGAACGUGCCAUGUCGUAACACAUCAAUUGAUGACCUAUGAAAUUAGUCACAUUUAUCUGAAAAUGUCAAGAUGGUAGCCGAAGAGAAGUGAAUACUUUCUUUUGUACCACAGGCAGAGUUUCUAUUUUCAAUGCCUGUUUCUCGCAUUCUGCAUGAGGAGGCAUAUUUAACAUUGUGGUAAAGUUGUAUGAAUGUGCCCUGUUGCUGAGCACUGAUGGACCUGAUUAGAUUCUUUGCACAAACUUGUUAGGAUUAGCCUCUUGAAUGAGUGAGAUGGCUGAUUUUUAACCUGUGCUUUGGGGUAGAAAAGAUUUUUGUUUUGUUUUGUUUUUAGUUUAACACCCAAAGCCUUAAAAUACUAUGUAUUGUGACACUAUGUUCUGUACAGGUGUACAUAAAUGUACAAGAAUGUAAAUUGUUGUAUACAGUGCUUUUGUGUAUUAUGUUGUUUUCUACGAUAUAAUGUAGAUUACUUCACCAAUUUUAUCACUAUAAGUUUUGUCCAUUCCUAUUCUAGUAUUUGUUACAGUAUUGACUAUUUAUUUAAAUAACUUGGUGGAUCUAUUUAUUUUGUGCUGCAGUGGAGCAAGUCUCCUAUCCUUUUGUACUUUUAUACAGUUUUUAUUCUUAUUUACUAUUAUUAUACCAUUAUGUUUAAAUUAUUGUUGUAACAUCAAGAUGCCUCUUCCACACACUGAUUGGCCUCAA